UUCCAAGUUCAUUUUGGCGCCAGUUCUCUGUCUCUCUAUUCUCUCUCUACGCCGCCGCUCUCUCAGCGAUAUCGAUUUCCAUGGAGGAUUAAGCGACUUUAACAUUGAUUUGUUCCUCAACUUGCGGAUGGAAACAUUGGAGCUUCGUCCUCCUCAAUUCUCAGAGGAUUUAGCGUGGCUUCCUUGCUGGCUUCAGCACAAUCAAGCAACACCAUCCAGUGAGCAAGAAAUAGAAUGUAAUUACGAGUCAGCAAUCAAGGAAUUUGGGCACGGUAUCAACAAUAAUCUGGAAGAUGCAAAUCUCUAUCCAAGAGAUGGUGGAUGCAACGAUUUUCAUUUAUUUCUAUCAGGACAGGACAGCAUACCAGAAAGUGUAGCUAUAUCAUCUAAUAAUCAGGCACUUCAUUUUCAUUUGCAUCUUUCAUCAUAUGGUGGUUCGGAAUGUACUCCAACUCAAGAUUUGGAUGGAUCUCACGAGUUGCUUGAAUGUAAUAAAGUUCAGUCGACCAAUAUGUUUGAAGCAUCACUUGAUCCCAGGGUAAAUAUUUCGUUCCGAAAGGGCAUUAACGCUGGUGAUUCAAAUUUGUCACCUCAUUCUAGCAACAGAGAUAUUGUGGACAAUGUUGUCUGUAAAUCUGUGACCAAUACUGAAGAUAAUGUGAACCGAUGGAGAGAAAAAUCGGAUGUUGGGUGCCUAAAAAAUGCUGAAGUUAGCAAUGCAAUCGAGCUCUCUGUUGUGGCAUCUGAAGCAUUGGUUAUACAUGAUUUGUUAAAGGCUGAGCUAGACUCUGAAGCAGUAUCAGUUGAGUCUGUCCUUGAAGUUUCCAUCAGGGUCAAACAAGCUCGCAUUGAGUUGCUGGAAAGUGCCUAUGAAAGCUUAAAUGAGGAAGUGGACUUGAGCGAUUCUCUUUCAGAUUUGGAUGACUUAUUAAUGAGAGAUGCGUUUGAUGAUGUAGGAUUCCCUUGCAGUAUUCUGAGCAGUGAUCGGUGUGAAACAAUAUGUUCUGAUGUUCAAGAUACUCCUGUCAAUGAAAAUCAAUUCACACAUGGCAGUCAAUGUAAUUCUAUAGAUAUGCCAAGUCAACCAAACAUUUCGGGGAAUGGAUUAUCCCUGCAGCAGUCGGAAGAGAAUCUUGUUGUGCCAAGACCUGAGGGCUUGCUUUUGGAACAUCUGAGUUGUAACAUUCAUAAUCAACUUUCCGAUCAUGAUGAGUUGGGUUCGGCUAGUCUGAACUAUUGUAAAUAUGGCUCAAUGUUGCAACAAUCAGCUCAGAAUGAAUCAGACGAGUUUGUGGUGAACCAGAAAACUGUCUCGACUGCAGUUAAUACAAAUUUGUGUAUGAACCAUGCCGAGGAAAGCUCCAACCUACAUGAGUGCAAUACAGUGUCAGCAAAAAAUGAUGAACAAGCUGCUUUCUUAACUCCCGACAGAUUUAAGAGUCGUUGGCUGGGUGGUUGGUCAGGUAAGGAAGAAGACGCUUCUGAGCAAUUGAGACAAAAUGUUGAUGGAAAAACCAUUCCUUCGAUGUUUGUUAAUGAAACAAGCUUUCUUUCUGAAUCUGCUGAUAUAGCUCCAGACGAGAACUCUUGUGUGCAAAGAUGUGAAUCUAAGUUCCUAGUUGCUUCACAGUCAAGUGUACUUUUUGGUCAUUUAGAUGAAAAUGGUGUCGAAGGUUUGCUUGUAGCUGAAGAUGUCGUGAAAUGUAGCCUAUCCUUGGUCGAUCCUCUUUGUUCUUUUGUUCCAUGCAGCAUUUCUGUGGACGCUGAUUGUACUGGACAGAAUCUGAAUGACGGAAAAGAUUCUACAAAAGAAUGCUUAGGCACCUUUGUGGAUGUUGGAGGUUCUAGGCCCUCGAUUCGAAGGCAGCUAACUUCACUAAAAACUUACAGCACAAUUUUGCCCACUCAUGGUAAUUUGGAAGGGGGACUGGACAACGAUUAUUCACAUAAUCUACAAGGCAAUAUGAGGCUGUUAUCAUCAGAUUCACGUCUGGAUUAUACAAUAAUUUCCUGCAAAAGAAAUUCUAUGGAGACUUCACCCUCCCAGCCUGCUAAAUCUAGAAAUAUGGAAAUUGUGGAGGAGAGCCAAACUGAUACCGACCACAAUUUGGUUGAGGAAAUAGCAGAACUGAAAAGCAUAAGUGAUGAAGUUGCAGGUGAUGGGAGUGAGUUCCUUGUUCAGUCAGUGAAGAAAAGGAAAACUCGUGACAUCUUAAGUCAGAGUCUGCAGGUAUCUAAAUCCAUAAUGAAGAAAUCCCAUCUCAAGAAAGAUCAUCUGCAGAGUUCAGGAACUGAAACUAUAUCAGAUCCCCAAAAGGUCGAAAACACAAUGAAGAUGCAAUAUGAAAGUAAGAAUCCCCUUGAGCCAUAUAUGUUGAUGCAGAAGAGAGUCCGUUUCUUAGAAGCUAAUGAUCAGCCUCAAGAAAACUCGAACCUUCAAAAAGUACAUCCUUCAAAAAAUUAUUCUACUCUCAGAACUGGUAAAAGGUGGAAGCUUUCUAAUCAAUGUGUAGUAUCUAGUCAUCGUGAUGGUAAAGGUCAUCUCAAGAGUCCCUACUGUAGGAGUGGGAAGAAAUUAAUAUUUCAAGGCAUACAGUUCCUGGUAACAGGAUUUUCUAGUCGUAAAGAAAAGGAUAUUGAUGCAUUAUUAUGGAAUAACGGAGGUAUAGUUCUUCCCGACAUUCCUUGUCCAAGUUCAAGGAGGAAAAAGAUAUCAAAAUCAAACUGUAAGGGGCCUCCUGUUAUUCUCUCUUCAAAGAAGCUCCAAACAACAAAAUUCUUAUACGGGUGUGCGGUGAAUGCCCUUAUAGUCAAUGUCAGUUGGGUUACAGAUUCCAUUGCAGCUGGUUCCAUGUUACCACCGUGGAAGUACAUGAUUAUAUCAAAUCAAGCUGAUUGUACUCAAAUUGGAAGAUCAGUUAGACAUGGUAGUCGAAGAUAUAUAUUUGAGAAUGUGGGAGUCAUGCUUCAUGGGAAACAAGGUUUCUGCACCAAAUUGACGAAAGUAUUAAUGCAUGGAGGUGGACAGGUAUUCAAGACCUUACAAUGGUUACUAAAGAGUCUAAAUAGGGAGAAGAUUUCAGUCGGAGUCAUCGUAGUUGAAGACGAGUACAAGGCAUCUCGUCACUUGAAGCAAUGUGCCUCGGAACAAGGGAUACCCUUGAUGUCUACAAAAUGGGUCAUAAAGAGCUUACACUUGGGAGAGCUCCUUCCUUUGACGGACAACAAUCGGCCGUCUUCUGUACAAUCUACGAAAACGGCAAAUAUUCCAGCUUUCAGAGAAACUAGCGUGGAAUUAUAAGUUGCUGCUUCAGACUUAUUUAUGAGGAUAGAUUGGACUUUGGGCUGUACAUUUUUUUUAUUGAGUUGGAUGGCUAAAGGUAAUUCCUGUAAAUUUUCGUACUUACGCCUCAAACUAAUAGAGAAAUAUAUAAAUGAGAAUUUUG